AUAAAAAUAGACUUUGAAUAAACUGAACACGGGGAGGCUGGAAAGUUGUGCGCGCCGCUGGGAGGUGAGGAGGAAGGCAAGGGGCGUUACUCGGGGAAAGGUAAACUGAGGCACGGCCGCGCGGGAGCUUCGCCCACCACCAGAAGCACAUGCUGCCCUCCACCUUUCAGGAUGGCCUGGGACUCUCUGUGCAGCAGGGACUUACUGCGCCCCACGAUAAGAAGAGCCUCAAGCCAGACUCGGGGAAGCCAGAGCAGCGAUGAGACACCGUCCCUGGAGGAGCUGCGGCGCCUGCUCUGGACAAAGGCACGCCCCACUGGGCACGUGGAUGAAGUCUGGCCAAACCUUUAUGUGGGAGACCUGUACGUCGCUCGUGACAAAGCACAGCUGAGCCAGAUGGGCAUCUCUCACAUUGUGAACGCCGCUGCUGGGCGAUUUCGCAUCGACACCGGGCCCAAGUUCUACAAAGACCUGCCUGUGGAUUACUAUGGAGUAGAAGCAGAGGACAACCCCAACUUUGAUCUCAGCAUUUACUUCUACCCAGUUGCUCAGUACAUAAGAGCGGCACUGAACUCCCCAAGAGGCAAAGUACUGGUUCACUGCGCGAUGGGAAUCAGUCGAUCUGCAACUCUUGUCCUCGCCUUCUUGAUGAUCUGCGAGAACAUGUCCCUCACCGACGCAAUUCAGGCCGUGCGCUCACACAGAGGGAUCUGCCCCAACUCCGGCUUCCUCGAGCAGCUUCGGGAGCUGGAUCUCCAGCUAGGAAGGGACAAACACAGAGGAGCAGCGCCCUCGGGGCCUGUCUCCUGCUACCAGACACAAAGACACUGGCCAAGCUGAAGAUGGGGCACAGAUGCUGCGGGGACUUUGCUGUAGCUGCACUGAGAAACUCCUCUGGAAAUGGCUGGUAGGAGCUCGGUAUGUAUUUUUUGGAUAAGCCCACUAAUUGAAAGAAAAUGAAAUAAAGAGGGAUUCAUAUUGGAAAUUUCGCCCACCUGGGCCUGUUUCUUUAACAACCUGCUGUGCAGGGCACAGGGAGCAGUUGGGUUUUCGUGCAGAAUUAAAAGGCAGCACAGCCAACUUGAGGAGACUUUUUACUUGCUCAUAAUUGCGUUUAUAUGGCAGGAGGGAAAAUGGCUCAACUAGUAAACUAGAAAAAGAAACCAUAAGGUUUUCAAGCAAUCUUUAACCUUUCACAUCCAGCUGGCACAGGGCGGGACGGCACGCUUGGUGAGCUGACACACUCCUUCAGGCACGGUGACACGACCCAGGAUCGAGCUCAGGCCCGGGGUUCUCUCUGUGACCAGCCACAGGGGCUCCUGUGGGGAUCUUCACUGACCCUCUCAGCUUCAAACCUAUGGCGAGGGCUCAGAAUGCAGAGAGGGGCUGACAGGAGGGCCAGAGGGGGCAGAGAGGGCUGACAGGAGGGCCAGGCAGAUGCUGCAUGCCAAGGCCACGCUGCUGGGAAGGAAGAGAGAUCAGGAGUGAAGGGAGGCUGCUGCUUGUGUAAGGGGCAAGGAGCACGUGUGGGCACACUGCCUGUGGGGUGGCAGUGCCAGGCGGGGACGUCCUUCUCUUGCCUGGAAACCCUGUGCUCCGCAUCACCUUCCCCGGGUUUCCCUGCUACGACUGAAAGGCAGAACCUGGUGUCACUGUGUCAGAGCAAAAAUGAGCAAUGCCUCUAACAAAUCCAAAGUAGCAGCUCUGCUUUUCGAUUACUCUUUUACGCCCAAUUGGCCACAUUUAAUCUUGUGAAGAAUUCGAAGCAGAUAUUUGCUUCAGUGCAAUUACAGCCACAUACAGAACAUUGGCAAAUGCAAACAAUAUAGAAUUUCCACUUGACGGCAGAUUAAUUUGGUGUGAUGUUUUCCCCUGAGAGGCCUUAAAGGCUUGCAGUUCUGAAAGUACCAUGCAGUUCAUAUUUAUAGCACUAGGGAUGGUGAACAGAGAGAGAAGCCAUUCCCAACUGAAGUUUCUUUUGCCUCCAUACAUUAAAAAAAAAAAUAAAAAAAAAUUAACUGAGCAUAGCCCACUUCCACUGCACUUCUCAUAAUGCAAUAUGGAAACCUGAUUUCCCUGCAGAGCCUACAGAGAAAUUCAGGUGGUGUUUCUGCCUCCAUAAACGCAGUAAGUAAAAAGCAAGCAAUGGUACAGACUAACCUCCUCCCAGGGAACAGAGAGAUGACUCUUCCCUCAGAACGGGUCCCGUGCUCUGAGACCGGAGUAAGUGGCCAGAAGGGAGGUCACAGCUAACGAUGGAAAAAUCAGUGGAGUUACAGCUUUCAAAGGCCUCUUACUCCUGCUGCAGCACGGAGGUUGGAUUUCAGGGGGCCUGGUGGCUGGAUCACUCCUGGCACCUGGGUCUGCCCCACCGAGCUCUGCCUGGGGACCCUUUCCUAAUGGAAAGGUCCAGGCCAUGCUGAAGCUGUUUUGUGAGCAGUCUUUUCAGCUGCCUUCAGCUCACUGCAGUGCCACAGAUGCCGAGCCAAAUGGCAUUACAUUAAAGCAAAAGUGGUGUAUGAAACGCUCAAGUCCAAAAUCUGUGCAUUAAAGCCCGUCGGGACAGGUCAAAAUUCCCAGUGAACUGCACACCUGGAAACAUCUGUGGGUGUUCAUAUAAAAUGAACAACUUUUCAGAGGGACUGAACCUAAGUCUACCCCUGCUGAGGCCUGUCAGCCACUGCAGGACUGCUUCGGCUGCCCAGGGACAGCCAGAGAUGCCCUGCCACAUGGACCAGGAAGCCAGGGCACUGCCAAAGCAGGAGCACUGGCUGGGUGGCACAGCUGCAGGUGUAUGGCAAAGGCCUGCAGCAGCAUGGAUGUGCCCCAGCUCACAGGUUGGUCACAACUCAGCAGCCAUCAUCAAACCCACACGGGUUGCACACUGAAGUGCCUUGCUGCCCCUGUGCUCUAGUCAAGCAGAAGUCUCUUAAAAUUACAGCCAGAAUCAAGUCAAACAAUAAAAACUAAAACCAAUAUUGGGGGUGGUUCCAGUGUAUCUUGUGCUGCAGUUUCUAGAAGCAGAGUUGCUGGCUCACUGCAAGGUGCCAGCUCGCCCUGAGAAACAAGGAAUAGCUUCUUUCCCAACAGCUAUCCCUGCUGCUAAUCAGGAGACUGAUCCUGGAGGGCAGCUGCCAGUUUUGCUGCUGAGGACUCAGGUAGAGAAAAGUCCCACUUUCUCCCCCAGAAGUGCAUGUCUUCGACAUAGCCUGCCAUUAUCACACUUGUCCAGCACACUGGCUAAAUAUUACCUGCCCCAAACCAUGCUACCAGAUACAGGGGUAGGUGAUCAGAUAGCAGACUCAUACAUAUGGGCAAAGCAGCAUUUAGGCCAUCAUCUUUUCCAUGCCUGUUUCUCAGCCAGCACAGAGCAAGUGCUGAGGGUUAUUUAUGAACACCUCUGCUCUGCAUGCCCGUUGAGGAGCGACCUCCAACACUGUGGAGGAGCUGGUGCCUUUCCCACCCAGGAAGCCCCUGAAGGAGGAUGGCCAUCUUAGCCCCAUGUCACAGACAAAGCACCUGGACUUAGCUUGAGCUUCAGCAGGAUGUUUGAGGAAAAACACAACAGAAUUUCUCUCCAGCCUCCAGAAUUGGCACAAAAGCACAGGAAUAGUUCUCUCAGUUAAGAUAUCAUGCCUUCUGCAGCUUUUCCUCCCAGACUUUCAGCAAUGAUAAAUACAGAGAGUAUUGCUGCGGGCAUGUCUGCACUGCAUUAUUUAUCCUUCAGAUUUGCACUUAGGGUUUUAUUUGUAAAAGGAAAGUGGGACCAUAAAUCUGUUCUGCAAAGAGCCAGGGGAAGAGAGGAUAGAAAUUUUCAACAAGUUGCAGUGAAGGAGAUGCUGCCAAGGACAGGUUUCUCAUGGAAAGAAGUGCCAGCCAAGACAUUGUCCAGGUACAUGCCAUGUGGUGCAGUGGUGACAGCUAAGAGUGUCAGCCUUUUCCUUGCAGGUGCAAGGAAAUUUAUGUUUCUGCAUUACACGGGUUUGUUCCAUGUGAGCCAGUGGCUCCCACUUCUGCCUGAGUUUUGGCACUGCACAACAAGACCAGGUGACUUUCUGCUGCCUAGCCCUGUUGUUGGGAUCAGAUCUGCUCAGCUCCUGCCAGCCUCUCCAGAACUGCAAAGCACUGUCAAGUCUACUUGCCAGAUGUUAUCUUCUUCCUCCUAUUUUCUGUUUCAUGCGUCUCCUUGAUCACAAGGCUGAGGUGCCACUUACUGCAGAGAGGAGCUUCAAAAUAGCAUGUGCUUCGCAAAUCUACUUCAUACCCCGACAUUCAAAGAGUAUCUGCAGCUCUUGAAGCCAAGUCAAACAGGAAUCUAUGGCCUGCAAGGCUUUCAACAGUUAAGUUUUCCUCAAGCUACAAUUAUUUUGCUUAUAAACUUGAUCCUUGAUCCGUUGCAGGAGGCUGCAGUUCUAAUAAAGUCAAACAACUUGCUCUUUGCAGCGUACUAUUUGUGGUACAAGCAUCACUGAGUUAUACCGCUCCCCCUCGCUGCUGCCUCCUGGAACCUCGUCUGUUUAUACACCGACAGCACUUUCAGGAAGCGCUCCUAAAAAUACCCAGUGAUGUUAGCUGAGGAUCUGGCUCUGGCUCUCCUCCUCCUGCUUCUGUCUCCAGAACAUCCCUCCAUCACCCUCGUGCUCAACAGCCCUGGCUAUUCAAGCUGCCUUAUUCCUGUCUCGCCCUUUAAAAAUCCCUUAUUUUCCUUGCUUCUUUGCUGGUAGCCAUUUUGUGCCCUGUUGCAGAGCCCCCUCCAUGAGGUGGCCGUGAGGUGUCCCAGCUAAUGUUUUCUCACUUGAUCACUAAGUUACACUGAAGCCCACAUUUUCCUUAUCAAAUCCUCCAGUACAACUGCUUCUAAGACGUGGGCAGAGCCUCCCUCAUACAAAAUGCCACUUGUCAAGGGAUGGGGGCUUCUGGCUGCUGCACUCGGGUCCUGUUGGCUGCCAGCCACCCUCACAACCAGAUAUCUUCCGGUGUGUUCGGGGGGAACCCAGCACAGACUGAGAUUCACAAUGGCAUCAAGAGUGAUUGACCCCAUUGUCAAAUUAUCCACGUAUCAUCAAUUGACUUGAAAACAUAUGGAAGAGAAACAUUCAGCAGACCAAGUCUGAAAACAAAAGCCAAACUCUGUGUUUUUUUUUUGCUAAGUAAUAGACAAAGUCUACUCUUGUGGUUGUGCCCCAGUGUAAAACUUCUGAAAGACAGUAGUGCUCUGCAAGUCCCUCCUUAUGAAGACCAAACAUCUAAGCCAUCUAAUUCCUCAAUAAUUCAGCAUUAUAAUUCAUCAGUUUGUCUAAUAUUAACUAUCAACAAUGUGUUAUUCACAACAAUUUACAACCAAAAUGAUUCACCAAAUCCCUUAAGAUUACUUGUUGAGGAUCAACAGAUUUUAGACAAGAAUUCCAAAAACCUGAGAAGCACAGAACUGUAAGCAGUGAAAUAUUGAUAUUCUUCUACCAAAACAUUUAGGUUGCUUACAAAAACAAAGAAAGAAAUAAUCUCUUUACAAAAACCCCACCCAUCAUUGGAAAACUAUCAGCCAGCAAACAGCCAGCAAGGAAUUAUUUGCUCAGCUCUGGUGACAACUGGCUGUUACUAGAGUUAUUCUGACACAUUGUUUUGGAGAACAUCUGUUUCCACUCCGACUCCUUUAACUUUCAGAUGUGAAAAACAAAAGCUCAUUUUCAUGCCAUGUCUCCCAUCUUCAGUUGGCAACAGUUGUGUGAUUAUGAAGUUAUUGUUAUGCUGGAUGAUCUGUUUGUCAGUUUAUAUUUUCCUAUCAUACCUAUUUUUAGCUGCUCAUUAGUAAUACUUGGAGCCUCUCCUAUAAAUCUUAAACAUUUAUAGCACAUCUCGACAAUUCAUCAAAUGGAGCCAACCUCCAAGGAAAGGAAACCCAAACCACUUCCCCCUGCUCAACUGAAUGAGAUUCAGAUCCUUGUCUUUUAAACUUCAAACCCAACAUUUUCCCAUCUGCUCUUUAUACACAACAGCCCUUUUGCUCUACACCAAUAUUUUAUUCUCCAUUCAUAACUUUUUAUUUCCCUCCAGAGGUUUCCUGAUGCUUUUAGUCUGCUGGACUCAUAGAAGACUUGGAUUCUGGAGGGUUCUCCCCCCUCCAUUGAAGGGGAAAAAUAAUCAUUCAGCAAUGAAUGGCCACUUUUCAUUACUCAUUCACAAGAGAGACACAGCAGGGUGCCAGGACUGGACUUGAAGACACUUUUCUUAGCCAUUCUCAUGAGAGAGAAACAGCAUUUUUAAUCAGAGACUACUGGAAAAUUAAAUUUACUUUUUACCUUCUGUUCUAUUCACUGACUUGCAUUUCUAAUGCUCUGUCCAUGCAUGUAUAUAGCUAUCAAUCAGCUGCAGCAUUUUUGUAGUGAUGACCACGCCUGGUAGUUCCAGUCCACGUGAUUUGGACCGGUCACCUACGCAAGGAACACUUCUAAGGGGCUCAGUCUACAACAGCCAAUGACAAGAAAACUGCAAGAAAAAAUAAUCAGGAAACACUGCCUGGCUGAGAGGUUCUCAGGAGAAAAUCUCCCCUCAUGAAGACAUGCCACCACUGCCAGGCAGGGGCUCUUGGCUGCUCUCCUCUUCACCUCUCCUAGGGGAAUCUCAGCCUCGCCAGCUCUGCACAUUUGAAGCCUAUGCAACACGUUUCUCAGAUGGAACUGUUAAUUGUCUGUACGUAAUUAGCUGAUACUCGGCUGGAACACACAACUGAUUGUUAAUCAGACUGACCAUCUUUUUCAUCUUCGACAUAUUUAAAUGAAUCAAAGGAGACAUCACGUUACAAGAAAUGAAAAUUGUAUGAAGGAAAACAGUGCUGGCAUACACGUUAGGCUAAUAGAGUAGAUUUAAUUUAAAAGGCUCAUCUGAUCAGGCAGAAUAGCUGCCUGGUGCUUUUCAAGGAGGCAGGGAGUGAUUGGGAGAAGGCAGUAAACAGAAAGGCAUAUUUGGAUUUUUUCUGAAGUCGCUUUUCAUCAACUCUCACAACUCUCCAAUUCACCUUAUGUCUUUUUCUACUGUCAUCUUUCAUUGUUAAAAAAAAAAUAAUAAUAAUAAAAAAGCUUUAGAUUAGA